ACCUCUCUCUGCGAGCUAUUUUCCGGAUGCGAAGUAUUCCUCCAGCCGCGGCCGCCCGCCCCGCCACAACAACACGCCGCCGCCGCUGAUCAAUGCCACGCCUCGCCCCUCAGGGCCCAGCCAGCGCCAUGACGGCCUGAACGCGCGCCGAGGCCUGCCUGAAGCACCGAGCAGGUCACGACAAGGGACAGGCGCGGUAGCCUAGGCCGCGCCCUCCCUCCCCGGGGCGUGGGGCGCAGGGCCGCGUGUGCCGCCGGGCCUGUCACUGCCGUGGCCUUGACGCCCAGGGCUCGUGUCGUCAGCCUGUCCAGUGUUGUUACCUCUCCUGGCCCAGCCAUGUGCUCCUAGCCCUCACCUGCUGCUGCCCAGGUGUGUGUGUGUGUUGCUGAGGGACUCGGGUCAGUGGACGACACAGUUCUGGGAUACAAAAAUGAUGCGACGUAUGAAAAUUCGACCCAAACCCAACUUUGGGGGUGGUGGCGCAGCAUCCCGGAGCAGUGCAGCAAAGCCUGCCAGUCAGGGCAGUGCUGCAUGCCAGGAGCCUCAGGAGAACCUCAGCCCACCCAAGGAUGAUGAAGUAGCCACUCAGCCAUCAAGCAGUGACAAGCCUGUGGAAGAGAGCGUGGAGGUGAUCUCUACAACAGAGAGUGUGGGCAAGGCUACUGAUGCCUUGGGUGCAGAGUUUCAAGAGGAAAGCCGUCAGUCUUGCGACAACACUUCUUCAGUCUCCCCACUGGACAUGACUCUUUCAUCAAAUAAACCAGAUUUACAAAAAAAAGAAUCAAUUAAAGCUGCAGAGGAUAGUGAGGAGCAUCAGCAGGCAGCUCCAGGAUUAAAUAGUACAGUAACUCCUGUUACAGAGACUAAUGUGAGCUCUGAGGUCACAGAAUCAAAUAACUCUCCAGUGCCAUCCCCUCAAGCCCAGCAAUCACCACAAGAGCAUUCAGAUGACGCUGUGCCUACAAUUAUUUCUCAGUCCAUGACCCAAACUCUGGAAGUGAUUGAUGACAAAUCAGUGGACAGUGUUCCCUCUAGUGCUGAAACACCUUCAAGUGACAAAUCAAGUGAGGCAUCUAAAGAGACUCAACAAGACAUUGAGGCAAAGUCCAUAGUAUCUGUGAGGAGGAAGAAGCUGAAGGUUAAACCAGUGUUUGGUGGUACAAGGAAGGUUGGGGUGAUGGACAAGCCCAAGAUGAGGGGGUCAGAUCAGACUAUCAAUGAAUCUGGUGUAAAAACUGAAUGUGUUACAGAGAAAGUUUCACAUAAAAAUACCGUGGAAUUGUCAGAUGUGAAGAGUGAAUGUGUUAAAGAUAAAACAACAAGUCAGGCAACCAGUCAAGAUGCGGGUAAUCCUGGAAAAACACAUAUUAGAAUCAUGAACGUAGAAUCACCGAUAGAAAUAGAUGCCGAUGUUAGUAUUGUAUCAAGAGAUCCUAUAGAUAGUCAACCAGUGGAGAUAUUAGAAUCUGACAAAAAGGCAGACAUAACCUCAGGGCCUUCAGAUCCCUGGAAGGUGUGCCCCUCUGAAGAGAAAGUACCUGUUGUAAGAAAACUCGCCAUGAAUCAGGAAAGUAAAACCCCUGCAGUGGAGGACAAAACUGACACCCCUGUGAUCGUGAACGAGAAGCCAAGACCUGUGGGGGAGAGUAAGCCCCUGCACACUCCCCUUGACAGUAGUGCCCCAGUGGUGGGCAGCAAAAGGCGACCAAGGAUCCGUGCAUUGCCCACAAUUGUAACCAAAAAGAAAAAACAGGAGGACAAGGUUGUAACAGCAGAACUUUCUAAGGAAAGCUCAGAAGUACAGUCAUCCAGGGAAGUGUCACCCCAUGAAAUUUCAAAAGGAAGUGACGGUGCAGAACCCAGCACGGCCCCAGUAGAGUUGGGUGCUGAGAGCAGUGCAGAUAAUCAAACAGAACAACCAAAAGUAGAAUCCCGUUUUGCUGCCUCAAAGAAACAGGUGAGUUUUGUUAAAAGAGAAGUGGUGGACAGGAAGCACACUCAUCUAGUUGAUUUGACAGACAAUAAGAUAGAAAGCAAGGGUCGAGAGCAAGCAAAAUAUUAAGAAAUGAAGGACUUA